UUAUUAUUAUUGUCAAUUGGAUUUAUUAAUUGUUGCAAUUUUUAUUAUUUAAUCUUUUCGAAGUGUUUACUGUUUGUUACUUUUAAUUUGAUCGCUUUCUCAUUUUCUCAACUGAUUGUCACUUGGAUUCUUUUAAUCCUUCGAUUGGUGUUUGUUGGUUUAUUUAGAAAAAUCCAUUUCUCUUCCCAUGGGCUCAUCAUGAUGGUUUAACUAAUUUAUCCUUGUCUUUUUUUCUUCUUCUUUGUGUUUCUUGUUUUUUAUUGGAUCCAUCAUCGUCGUUAUCAUCAUCUUUCUCAUCAACAACAAUAACACAUCAUUCAUUUAAUUUUUUUGAACAAGUAUGACAAGUCCAAGAGCUUCCUCGAGAUCACCCAUUCUUUCAUCUGGUAAACUUAAUUCUACUGGAAAUAUAUCACCUUUGAAUUAUCCAUCACCACCAAAUCAUCUUUUUGAACUUUACACGGAAGAAAAUGUUGCUAAAGGAAAAGUUCCAGAACCACCCAAGCCCAUUGUCGAAGGAAACUUCAGCAUGUUUGGCGUUACAAUCACUAACGAUGAUACUAUUAUCAGACCUCUUGAAGCUCGUGGAAUCAAACGCCUUUAUCCCAGAGAAUAUGAUCACAAAAGAGAACUUAAAAAGAUGAAUUCAUCUAUCUUAGUUAAUUUUCUCGAUCUAUUAGACGUGAUCAUUAAGUGUCCAGAUACAAAUAAACGUGAAGAAAAAUGCUCCGAUAUUGCAAUGUUAUUCCUCCAGAUGCAUCAUCUUAUCAAUGAAUUGAGGCCCUACCAAGCAAGGGAAACAUUAAGAGUUACUCUUCAUAAUCAAAGGAGACAACGUAUCGAGAUAAUUAAUCGACUUAAUCGUCAAAUCGAUAAAGUUAUUGAGAUGAUAGUAAACUCAACCGCCAAUAUCCCCGAUUUACCCAAAUUAACAGAAGUUCUUGAACAAUUGCUUCAUUUUAACAAACCAGCAAACCAGAAUGGUAAAGAAACUAUUAAAGAGACAAAUGUAAAAGAUUUAUCAGAUCAAAGCAUAAAUCAAAUCAAUGAAUUUGAUUCACUCAUGUGUGAUAUCGUUGAUCAAAUUCCUCAAGUUUGAGAUAAUAAUUAAUCACGACCAUGUACCAAUGGUGUUAAUAUAAAGGAAAUGGCAAAGAUGACAAAAAGACAAGCCACUAAUCAUAAAGACUAAGACAAUUUAUUGUCAAUUUCAUCAAAAUCAUAAAACAAAUUAAAGGAUAGAGAAGUAAAAUUAUAUUUAAAUAUCCAACAAAUGGACCGGAUAUUAAAUUAUUUCAACAAAUAUUGUCUAUUGGAUCACCUCAAACCCUUUAUAUUGCAAUAUAAUUGUCUCCAGUGAAUUAAAUACAACAAUUAAAUUGGAAAACGAAUUUCAAUUGUUCCAAAUCAUCAUCAAUCAACCAAUCAUAACAACAAACAUUGAAAUUAAAUGUAUCUUGGAUUAUGGCCCUUGUCACAUAUAAUAAUAAUGUCAAUUUCGGCAGAUAUUUUUUUCUGACUGAUCAACUACAAUCUACCCUUAAUUAAUCCAAUUUGUAUAUUUAAUUUUGCUUGACUUAUUUAUAAAUUCAAUUUCUGUAACUGAUAA